UGGAAUGUGUGUUUUUUGACUUUUGUAUUUCACUUGGUAUUCCUUGUAUUCCUGUCUGGCCCAUUUGGAGAGACUCCGCGGUACUAACAAUACAUAUGCAAUAACGAUCGCACUACCCCCGCCUAUAAAAGGGAGACGCGCCCAUGUCGUCUUAUUCCGACUCCAUUCAAGCCACGAUGAGCUACGGAUCUGAAGUCUACUCCUCCUCUUCCUACCGAAGGAUCUUCGGGGAAUCUCCCCGCUAUGCGUCCUCUCCAUCUCGGACAGCCAUGAGUGUGUCCUCGCGGGGAGGUUACCGAGCCUCCUCCGCGUCCCGGAGCAACGUUUCAUCCGCGGGAGGGUACACCCGAAAGUCCGGACGCUCCUUCUCGUCCAUGCCGCUGGACACCUUCGACCUGGCACAGAGCAGCGUCCUGAAUAAUGAGUUCAAAAUUGUCCGCACCAAUGAAAAGGAGCAAAUGCAGGGUCUCAAUGACCGCUUUGCCAUGUUUAUUGAGAAAGUGCGCAAUUUGGAGCAGCAUAAUAAAGUGUUGGAGACGGAGCUGGUGGCCCUGCGUCAGAGGCAGGCGGAACCAUCCCGCCUCGCCGAGCUCUACCAGCAGGAGAUCCGCGAAUUGCGCUCCCAGUUGGAUGAGCUCAAUGGGGAGAAGUCCCAGCUCCUCAUCGAGAGGGACAGCAUUGACGAUGACCUCCAGAAGCUCAGGGGGAAAUAUGAAGAAGAGUUCCGUGCUCGAGAGGACGCGGAGGCCACACUCAAGGCUUUCAAGAAAGACGUGGAGGACGCCACCAUGGUGCGCCUGGACCUGGAGAAGAAGGUGGAAUCCCUCCUGGAUGAAAUCAACUUCCUGAGGAAGGUGCACGAUGAGGAGGUGGCCGAACUCACGGAUAUGAUCCAGGCUGCUCAGGUGUCCGUUGAGAUGGAGGUCGCCAAGCCAGACCUGACCUCCGCCCUCAAGGAGAUCCGAAGUCAGUAUGAGUCGAUGGCCUCCAAGAACCUGCAGUCUGCCGAGGAGUGGUACAAGACCAAGUUCGCCGACCUGUCUGAGCAAGCCACCCGCAGCAACGAUGCCAUCCGCGCCAGCAGGGAGGAAAUGAGUGAGUUUAGGAGGCAGCUGCAGUCGAAAACCAUCGAGAUUGAGAGCCUAAGAGGCACGAAUGAGUCCCUGGAAAAGCAGCUUAGGGAGAUGGAGGACAGACACGGCGCGGAGAUUGGAAACUACCAGGAUGGCAUAGCGGAGUUGGAGAAUGAGCUGAGGGGCACGAAAAGUGAGAUGGCUCGUCACUUGAGGGAGUAUCAAGAUCUGCUGAAUGUCAAGAUGGCUCUUGAUAUUGAAAUAGCGGCAUAUAGGAAGCUGCUGGAAGGUGAGGAGACCCGCAUUGGGACAGGGAUCGCCUAUCCUAGCCCAUCCAUAACUUCAGGCGGUGGACAGAGUUACAACUACCAGUCCCGCAUUUACACCACCUCUGGCAAGAGCUCCAAGAGGGAUGGCAAGGAUGACAGCCAGCCUCAGAGCAAGGCUGCAAGCAAGGCCACACAUGAGGUUUAUGAGGAGACAGUGGUCACCACUAAAAAGGUGGAGAAACAACAAGAUGCCAGUGAUAGCGCCACCAAUCAAAAAAACUAGGAUCUUAGUAUAAGCCUGCUAGACCACUAAACCUUAUUUAUCUCGCAACUUCCAUUCCCCUCUCCUUUGAUCAGUCUCCAUACCAUGAUAAACCCGUUGUCUUUACACUUGCAACACCACAGGGAGCUAAGGUGCUAGUUUCUCAUUAACAUCUUGUUUUCAUGUGUUGGAUUUGCAGAUAGAAGUAAAUUUUGAGAUGUAGAGGUUUACUUUAUGUUGCUCUCACUUCCCCUUAAAUAACACACACUCCCCGGAGGAAAACAUCAAACCAUUAACUCCAAUAUAUCCGUCACUUUGUUCAAGACCACUCGAUUCUGUUUUGUUUGUUUGUUCGUCAUUCACUCACGCACACGCACACGCUAGAACUGCGGUCUUUUCAAGUACAGUACUCAACUGCUUGUUCACACUCGCAUCAUGAAGAUGCGCACAGUAGCUCACAACUGGUCAAACACCACAACCAUAAUUACGAGACAAACGUGUGUGUGCAACCACUGUGCAUACUUAAAGGACAAAUGCGUUGAAAACAUCACCUGUUUACUCAAAUCAACUUUGAUAAAUGAUAGAUGAAAGAUUUUAGUAAGAAAGCACACACACAUCUACAAGAAACCAUGCAGAGUUAUGGUUGGCCAAAAAGCCUAGCUUGUAAUCUUGCUUAAUUAAUUCAAAAUCAAUAAAAAAAUGAACCUUGCACAAAUUUCCAAAUAACUAUUGAUGCGUUAAUUGUGUUUGCAUGGGAGCAGCACAAAUGACAGAAGACAUCUAAAGAAGACACUGCCCUUUCUUACUUUUUGAACGAUAAUAAA